AUGUCAACCGCACCACUCGUUUUAUGUGCGGUCGGCUUGUGUACAAUGAUGAUCGCGCACGUGAUGGCUGCACACAAGACUUUUAUUAUCAAACGAAAAUUAGCUAAAAAAGCGAAGCAAAAUAGACCUUUACCGCAAUGGGCUCGCAUGAAAACUGGAAGCAAAAUCCGGUAUAAUGCAAAAAGAAGACAUUGGCGUCGUACGAAGCUUAAGUUGUAG